UCAAGCAGCUUAUAGGGAUAGCCUCGCGAAUGUUCUUCCUUCCUCGGGCCGUGAUCGAAGUUUGUAACUCGAGUCGUUCGCGCAGCUUGUGCCCCGCGCUAAAGGGCGUCUAGGAUUGGCUGUCGAUGCCCUGUCUCUACCCCGAGGUCCUUGGCAUAAUUUCCGUCCAUCAUAUCAGCUUGACAUAAGUCGGAGCGCUGAAGGUGAACUCAUAGUUCCUCUACCGCUGAAGCUGAAAACAUCAAAGUAAACUUGCCAUACAAGACGCGCACAAGUCUUGACGACUCCGCGUGAACUUACGGCUAGCUUAGUGGGCUAAACCAAAGGCGUUAUAGUGGGUAGACACACGUAAUUUGCGAGAUGUUGAGAGCACGGUGGUUUGUAUUCCUCGUCAAAUUGUCUGCAGUCUUGGGUCUCUUGGUGAAGUCGAUUGAUGCGAACCCUGGUAGACCGACCGGUCUUGCUGUGGUCGAUCUAGAACCAAGCAGCACGCAUGGAGUUGCUGUCACGCUCGUGUGGCGUGACCCAUCAGGUGGUAACGCAAGCCUGAGGUAUUAUGUGCGUUACGCGCCCUUUGAGGGUCGUACGACUCAGAAGGUGGUGCUUAGUAACCAGGCUGUGCUGAAACUCAAGCCCAACACGUGGUACUUGGUGAGGGUGUUAGCGCUAGACGCGGAUAGCCGGCAGAGCCCGUGGUCCGAGGGGCUAAGAGUGUUUACAAACGAAUCAGUUCCCAGCAUGGCUCCGAUGAACGUCACGGCCAGGUCACAUGAUAGCAGGUCCAUCAGGGUCUCAUGGCACCCCAUCCCCUCCGAGUACCACCACGCCCUGUUACAGGGGUACAUCGUAUUCUACCGACCCUCCAACACCGGCCGCUGGCUUCGGCAAAGUGUAUCUAAUGACACUCUAGUGUACAAUAUAAAGGGUCUUAAACCUGGUGUAAGGUACUUAGUCGCCGUAGCGGGGUACACGAAUAAAGGAGCGGGCAAGAAAUCCAGACCUGUCACCGUCACCGUUCAGGAGGAGUGGGUGAUCAAGUCCACUGUGGGUGUCACGCAUAAAACUACAGGAGAAACCACCAGUACACACCCAACAACAGACAUGGUCCCUAAAGUGACUACGCAUGUCACGCAGGCUCGUCCUGCAUCAUCGCAUGUCUCCACGUCACAUCGCAUGUCUCCACUCACAAAACUAACAACUAACCCUGCGUCCAUGUAUAUCAGAAGCUCUUCCCCGGUUGUGACACACACUCCCAAUGUAACGCCAUCUCCGCUGACUAAUGCUGACUUCACCGCUGUCCAGGCCGCCAAGCACGACAUGCCUCGACACAAAUCCUCUACUCUUAGCCUCGUCUUCAAGAUCAUCCUUCCAGCAGCCGCCGGGGGCCUGGUACUAGUCCUGCUGAUUGUAUGUCUGUUGUGGCGUCAUCGUCGCAAGGCACAACGGGAUUACAAGCAGGGACAGGAGGGCACGAUGGGAUUGGUUGCGUUGAGUGACAAGAAAAGCCAGGAGGUGACUAGGCCUAAGGGCGUGGUCACUAGGGGUGAGGGGAGUAUCCGGUAUGCCCCGCCCUCAUGUUCCUCACCUCCCCCCUCAAGGGGUACCGUGGGGGAGGGGGAGAGGCCGAGCUCGUCCAAUGACGAUACUUACACUUCUGAUGAGACCAGUCCUAUGUUGCCUCAAGUCCCGGAUGUACAGACAUUGCCUGUGAACAAUGUACGAUAUGUGAACCACGAACCCGUAACCCGCCCGCAUCCCGCGAGUGACCCGUCACGAAUAUACGCUGUACCCUUUGCGAUCCCAAACGUCCCGCGGGAUGUCCCGAAAGAUAACGGGUACGAAAACAUGAAACAUUUAUACGAGUCCCUGGAGCCAAAGGAACACACCAAGCGUGUUUAUAUGAACCUUGAUGACACGGAGAGGCCUUUGGAGGGGCUGUAUGCGGAGAUCCCCGCGAACGUGCUUGAGGGUGGGGGAGGUAGCAUGGAAGCCCCACUCUGUCCAAAGGCAUGACCCUAGCUUGCCGUGAAUGAUAGAUAGAGAUAGAUGAAAGCUGAAGGAAAGACGCAGAUAUGAGCGCUCUUUCGCAAUUCGCUAUGAUCGUCGUCAAGAUAGAAAGAGAGGGUUUAAAAUGUAGAUAUUAAUCUCACGUUACAUGGUCCAUUCGUAGACACUCAGGGGAGAAGUCGAUCCGAUAUCCCAAUUCGUUCACAGUGUGAGUUGAUUAUUUUCUGUAGAAACGUUAUAUUACGAUAGAGAUAAAUAAAUAGAUAGACCAGGAAAAUGCAAAAAGCAGAUGUGUGACUCAGCUUUAGUUACCUAUACGGAGCUUUGUGUCGUUUGUCCCGUCUCUAGUCCAAAAGCAUAGAUCGCAACAGGGAGAAAAGAGUCUCUUCAAGAUGGCCUAAGAUCAAUGGCCAAAAAUCGCGCACGCAUGAUGUCAUCAAUGUACCAAAUUUGGGGCAUUGAAGUUUUUACUAUCAAGAGAUUAAAACAUGCACAUUGUUCAAGUCUAA